AUGAAGGUGAUCGACAAAAUCCUGGAGGAUGAGAAGAAGGUGGUGUUCUCGUUCGAGUUCUUCCCUCCGAGGACAGAGGAUGGGGUGGAGAACCUGCUGGAGAGGAUGGAUCGGAUGGUGGCACACAAUCCGGCCUUCUGCGACAUCACUUGGCGGGCCUCAAAUGCCGAUCUCACUCUUGACAUUGCCAACAAAAUGCAGAACAUGAUCUGCGUGGAGACCAUGAUGCAUCUCACCUGCACCAACAUGCCCGUUGACAUGAUUGACCACGCCCUGCAGACCAUCAAGUCCAACGGCCUCCAGAACGUUCUUGCUCUCCGCGGCGACUACGACAGCAAGUUUGUUCAUAUCCAAGGCGGCUUUGCCUGCGCCCUCGACCUGGUCACUCAUAUCAGAGCAACAUAUGGUGAUUACUUUGGUAUCACUGUUGCUGGCUAUCCAGAGGCACAUCCAGACGUCAUUGAAGAAGAUAAUGGCCUUGCCACCCCCGAGUCUUACCAAAGUGAUCUCGCUUAUCUCAAGAGAAAGGUUGAUGCUGGUGCUGAUUUGAUCCUCACUCAGUUAUUCUACGAUACUGAUAUUUUCUUUAAAUUCGUCAACGACUGUCGCCAAAUCGGAAUCACUUGUCCUAUUGUUCCUGGAAUCAUGCCUAUCAAUAACUACAAAGGUUUCAUACGCAUGACUGGUUUGUGCAAAACAAGGAUACCAGCUCAAGUUACUGCUGCCUUGGAACCUAUUAAGGACAAUGAAGAAGCUGUCAGAGCUUAUGGAAUUCACCUUGCAACAGAGAUGUGCAACAAGAUUUUAGCUCAUGGGAUUAGGACACUGCAUCUUUAUACAAUGAACAUGGAGAAAUCAGCAUUGGCUAUACUAAUGAAUCUUGGUCUGAUUGAAGACGCUAAGAUAUCAAGGCCCUUGCCUUGGAGACGCCCCGCAAAUAAUGGUAAAGAAGAUGGGGAGUCGUCCCAGCAAAUUAAAGGAGACAAUCCAACCAACUGUUCUACAUAA